UCGUAAGGGGGACGGUACAUAACCCAAGGUACCACUGUACUGAAAAAAUGAAAGAGAUUCCAGCAUCCUUUAUUCUAGGAUUCCCUCUUAACAUCUUUUGCAAAUGGCUUGGCAGAUAAAGCAAAGAGCAUUAGGGACAUAGGAUAGCCCUGUCAUUCCCUCUUUUGCAUGGGAAAUAUCACUGGGCUGAAAUACUAGCUAGUUAAAUGGGUUACAUAACCUUCUCCAACCCAGAGAGAAUUUUGGACCUACUGAGACUGAAGGGAGAUAUAGUUCAAAACAGGUAUAGAGCCCCCCCACAAGCUGGGGGAGUCUGGGUUACAUGAUUAUGUUUCCAGUCAGUCUGUAGGCUCAAUUACCCAAUUUUAAAAGUUUUGACCUUUAAAACAUAUCUCAUUGUGGGGCCAAGAUACUUGAAGGACUGCCUGUCUCCCAUGUGGUGUAGUGUGUGGGGAACAGAGGACCUUCUAGAGUAUUGGCACCUCAGUUAUGGUAUGUUCACAUUCUCCACCUAGCACAGCUUCCAUUGUCAUUUUGGUACCGGGAAAAACAUUUGCUUUCCUUUUUUUUUCAGACAUAGGUUUAAACCUGCUAGUCCCUCUCCUCUCCUUUUAUAUUUUUAAAAAUAUCAUUCUGCUUCCCACUCUCCCUUGUUUUUAUGAUUAUUUAAAUCUUGGAGGAAGCCAUAGUUCGUGAUCCCCAACGGCUUGGAUGCAUGGCUUGCAUGCACAAGGAACUGCAUGUUUCCUAUUGUGGGCCCAAUUUUGUGGAACUUCCUUCCCAUUGAGGUCAGACAAGCUCCCUCCCUACUGAACUUCCAAUGACUUAAAAAAAUAAAAUCUAGCAGGCAUUUUAAUUGAACUUUGAAUUUCUGGUUUUAACUGUUUUAUGUGUAGUGUGUUUGCAUACCACCUAGAGAACAUUUGUAGGUAAGUAGUAUAUAAAUUGUUUAAAUAAAAAUAAAUAAAUUUGCAUUUUAAUUGUAUUUGCAUUCCCCCCACCCCUGAAAAUGUACCACGGCAACUCUUACUGAAGUGUAGUGCAAAAAUAUUUAUAAUAAAUUGAAAUUUUGGUCAAAAGUAUUUUCUAGCUCAGUCCUAAGAGCUUACAGACAUGGCUAGAGUAUGAAGUUCAGAUGUUUGUAAGAAUUAUAAUGAUAUUACUGAAGUUAGUUUCAUUGGGAGAUUUCUUAUCUUGGUUCACCUUCAUCCUUACUAUCUAGUUGUUUUCCUUUCCAGACUAAAGUACACUCAAGCUGAGAAGAGCGGAUUUACCAUUUAGUAUCUGUGUGGCACCUGCCCAAAUUGCUGCUGGAGAAUGUCAGAAUUCCAAAGAAAUGCAGGAAACAUGCCUUCAGAGAAAGCUCUUGAUGAAGCUAUUGCUCAUUUUCUCAAAGAAUUCCCUGACAAGAAAAAAGAGAUUGAGGUGUGCAUCCAAUCCCUUCGGGAAAGGGCAGACGACAUUGACAAGACCCAUAAGGAUUGCACCAUUGCCAGCGUUACUGCCAGCUCUGCAAGUGCAGUUUCUGGUAUCCUGACCAUCGUGGGACUGGCCUUGACCCCUGUAACAGCAGGCGCAAGUUUAAUCCUGACAGCCACAGGCAUGGGCUUAGGGAUAGCGUCAGGAGUAACUGGCAUUUCUGCUGGUGUGUCCGAGAGCAUUAUUCAUUCAAUGGAGAAGAAAAAAUCGCAAGAACUGAUAAACGAAUGUGAGAAGAGCCUAAGAAUGGCGCUGAGCCUCGAGAAAAUUGGUUUCAAGUCUCAACUGCCCCCAGAUAACGCUAAUCUGGAAGUAGCCAAAACGGCAAUCACUUCGGGUUGUGCUGUUGCUAGGCUCAUUCCAACAGUGGUUGACCAAGCAACAGACAUUGCAGCAAAUGUAGAGGCAUUGGCAGUGGCUAGCACUAAUCCUGCCUUGAAGGGUUUGGCCAAGGAAGCAAGUACAGUAGGGACCGUAGCCAGGAGUGCAAUCAAGGGGAUUGAUCAGGUCGAUGAGGCAUUUAAAGGAACCGCCCUCGCAGCGAGCAAGACUGCUAGAGUGGCAGGGGCCGUGGCGUCCGGGGUUUUUCUUGCACUGGAUGCUUACUUCAUUACUAAGGGUGCCAUAGACUUGUCAAACGGGGCCAAGACAGAAAAGGCAGAUGAGCUCAGAGUCAAGGCUAAUAAAUUGGAGGAGAUGGUGCAGAACCUGGCAAAGUUCUACAUGGAACUGAAAGAAGAAUGGGACUGAACCGGGGACCCCAACCGCAUUGUGAGCUCAUUAGUUGUUAACUUCAGCCCAGGCAGUAAACAUGGCUAUUCCUCCUUCUGGAUAGUAAUAGUAAUGAUUUAUUAUUUAUACCCCACCCAUCUGGCUGGGUUUCCCCAGCCAUUCUGGGCGGCUUCCAACAAAAAAUUAAAAAACAUUAAAA